AUGAUGGGAACAAAGAUAGAAGGCGACAGCGACAACAAGGUCGGAGGCCAUGUUGCAGCAUCAUCUCAUCCGGAAUCCAUUGAAGCUACGGAAACUGCGGAACUCUCGACCAAGCGCGGCCUCUCUGCCCGACAUGCACAAUUCAUCGCUCUUGGUGGAACUAUCGGCACCGGCCUCUUUGUCGGUUCCGGCAGUACCCUCGCCCGUGGCGGACCGGCCUUCCUCGUUGGCAGUUAUGUCGUUAUGUCAGCCCUGAUCUACAUGGUCUUGACUGCAGUCAUUGAGAUCUCGACGUACCUUCCGCUGCCAGGCGGCACCAUGAACUACUACGGCAGCCGAUAUGUCUCGCGAAGUCUCGGUUUCAUGAUGGGAUGGCUCUACUUCUACUCUUUUGCAAUCUUCGUCCCCUUCGAGCUCACGGCAUCAGCCUUGGUCAUUGAGUACUGGAAUCCGAAUGCCAACAACGCCGUCUGGAUCACAAUCAUGUUGGUAAUGGUUGUCGGCCUCAACCUUCUACCUGUGAAGUUCUACGGCGAAACGGAGUUUUGGUUCGCUGGACUGAAAGUCCUGACCAUUGUUGGUCUGUUGAUCCUCUCAAUCGUUCUGUUCUUCGGCGGCGGUCCAUCCCACGAGCGACUUUAUUUCCGGUACUGGAAGGACCCCGGCGCUACCAAAGAGCUGAUCGUUCAAGGAGACGCCGGCAGAUUCGUGGCCGCAUUAUCAACUCUCCUCAGCAGCGUGCUUCCAUUCACUUUUUCGCCCGAAAUGGUUGUGGUCACUGCCGGAGAAGUUCAGUCUCCUCGCAGAAACCUGCCAAAAAUCGCCCGCAACUUCUUCUGGCGAUUGAUUGUCUUUUACAUUGGCGGUACCAUUGCCAUCUCGGUCAUCUGCCCGUCCAACGCACCGGCCCUUACUAGCGGAAGCUCUGGAGCCGCGGCUUCUCCCUGGGUUGUGGGAAUCAAGAACGCGGGAAUCAAGGGACUCGAUAGCGUAAUCAACGCCGUCGUGGUUACGGCCGCCUGGUCCGCCGGCAAUUCGUUCCUCUAUCUGGCAAGCCGAUCUCUGUACUCAAUGGCCUGUGAAGGCAGCGCCCCGCGGAUCUUCAAGCGAUGCACCAAGCAAGGAGUUCCCAUCUACGCCGUCAUAGCCAGCUCGUUAUUCUCGCUUCUGGCUUACAUGAACGUCAACUCCAACGCAGCAGACGUUUUCAACUGGCUGCUGAAUCUCGUCAACACUGGAGGUUUCAUCUCCUGGGUCUGUUGCGGAAUCAUCUACAUCCGCUUCCGAAAGGCCUGCGACGUUCAGAAUUUACCGAAAUCAGCUCUUGUCGCACGAUCCUUUUUGCAGCCUGUUGGGUCAUACAUCUCGCUGAUUAUGUUCGGACUUCUGUGUCUUCUCAACGGUUUCACUGUCUUCUUCCCAUCUCGCUGGUCCGUGGCAGACUUUCUCUCUGCGUACAUCGGACUGCCUUUGUUUAUCGUUAUCUACUUUGUCCAUCGAUUUCUACAUCGCGCUGAUUCCUGGGCCAUCUCCUCUCAUGAGGUGGACCUCAAGACUGGACUCGCAGAGUUGGAGGCAGAAGAGUCAUUGGAGGAGCCCAAGGAAGGGUUGCGAGCGCGGUUCAAGCGCCAUAAGUCCGGAGACGCCGAGGUCACUGCUAUUCUCCGGUCCAAUUAUGAUCUAGUCCAGACCCAAGGCUAUCACAUCCAGAGCAUUGACCACGGGGAAAUUGCUGGCUGGAAACCCCAUCACAUGGAAAGACAUCUAGAAGACGCACUACAGCAUGGCCCUUUCGACUUUGUCUUGGUGGCUACGAAAAACUUGCCUGAUGUGUACUCGAUCCCAGAUAUCAUUGGUCCCGCGAUUGCACCCCAGACAUCAAUCGUGCUCGUUCAGAACGGCAUUGAUAUUGAGCCACCAUUACUCGAAGCCUUUCCGAACAACAUCUUACUCUCAGGCGUCCCGCUGAUAGGAUGCGAACUCCACGGACGCGAGAUGUUGCAUAAUGACCCAGAUAUUCUUCAGCUUGCGUACUGGCCAAAUCCAAAGUUUACACCUGAGAACCAGAGCACCGCGUGCGCCGCUUUUGCUCGGAUUUACAACAAUGGUGGUGCCAAAUGCAACAUCCAGACGGAUAUCUCUUGGUUCCGAUGGCGAAAGCUCAUCUGGAACGCUUCUUUUAACACCGUCUGUGCCAUAACGAAUUUGGACUCGGGCGCCAUUCAGGAUGCUGGUGGUCUGGACACCCUGAUCCGCCCAGCCAUGAGAGAUGUUGUGGCAGUUGCCCAAGCAGCGGGGCAUAUCUUCUCCGAUGAGAUCUUGGAUGACAUGGUUGCAUUCACGCCCAAACAAGCCCGUCUGAAGCCGAGUAUGCAGGUUGACGCGGUGAGGCAGAAGCCAAUGGAGAUCGAGGUGAUCUUGGGAAAUCCUAUCAAAACCGCGAAGAAACUUGGCGUGCUGGUUCCAACUUUGGAAUUUCUCUACAGCCUUUUGCAAACCAAGCAGUGGAGUUUCUUGAAUUUGGAGGAGUGA